AAGUUGGGCCGAGGAUGAAUGAGCUGGUCUGUUAGGGUCCUUCCUACUGGAGCAUCUUAAUUCCCAGGCUGUGUGAUGUUUGGCAGGGGAGCUUUCAGAUACUGGAGACAGCUAUGGCAGGAAGGAAUCAAACCAUCCUCACAGAGUUCCUUCUCCUCGGACUGCCCAUCGAGCCAGAGCAGAGAAACCUGUUCUAUGCCCUGUUCCUGGCCAUGUAUCUUACCACCACCCUGGGGAACCUCCUCAUCAUUGUGCUUAUUCACCUGGACUCUCACCUCCACACACCCAUGUAUUUCUUUCUCAGUAACUUGUCUUUCUCUGACCUCUGCUUUUCCUCUGUCACAAUGCCCAAGUUGCUGCAGAACAUGCAGAGGCAAGUUCCAUCCAUCCCCUAUGCAGGCUGUUUGGCACAAAUGUACUUCUACCUGUUUUUUGCAGACCUGGAGAGCUUCAUUCUUGUGGCCAUGGCCUAUGACCGCUAUGUGGCCAUCUGCUCCCCCUUGCACUAUGCCACCAUCAUGAGUCCCAAGCUCUGUGUUUCCCUGGUGGUGCUGUCCUGGGUGGUGACCACAUUGCAUGCCCUGUUACACACUCUUCUCAUGGAUAGACUGCAUUUUUGUGCUGACAACAAGAUCUUCCACUUUUUCUGUGACAUCUCUGCUCUGCUGAAGCUGUCUUGCACUGAUACUCGAGUUAAUGAAUUGGUGAUCUUUUUUGUUGGAGGGCUCAUUGUUGUCAUCCCAUUCCUACUCAUCAUCAUGUCCUAUGCACGAAUUGUGUCCUCCAUCCUCAAGGUCCCUUCUGCUCAAGGCAUCUGCAAGGCCUUCUCCACCUGUGGAUCCCACCUGUCUGUGGUGUCACUGUUCUAUGGAACAAUUAUUGGUCUCUAUUUCUGCCCAUCAGGAGAUAACUCUAUUGUUAAGGAAAUGGUAAUGGCUAUGAUGUACACUGUGGUGACCCCCAUGCUGAACCCCUUCAUCUAUAGCCUGAGGAACAGAGACAUGAAGGGAGCUCUGGGAAGAGUCUUUUGUAAAAAGAUAUUUUCUUGUUGUAUAUGACUAUACGUAAUUUUAUUCAGUAGAUGUACAUAUAUUGAAUUCUCAUUUGAGAUAUUUUUCCUCACCAUGUUAAUGUUAGUUAAAAUGAUGUGCUACACAUUUGUUCAAUAUGUUAAACAGAUGACUCAGAACUUCACAGGUGAACUAGGUAGGGAGGUCUUUGUGACACCUGAUUAGGCCUUCCCCUUUAUCUUCCCCAGGGGACUUGGCAAAGCAUGGUUUAAGCAUCACUUGCCGUCAGAGAAAUGCACAUUAAAACCUCCACGAGAUAUCACUUCACAUGGGGCAGAAUGGCCAUAAUAAACAAAUCAACAAACAAUAAAUUUUGGAGAGCUUGCAGAGCAAAGGGAACCCUGGAACACUGUUGGUGGGAAUGCAGACUGGUGCAGCCACUGUGGAAAACAGUAUGGAAUUUCCUCAGAAA